GCUUUUCACAUGAUAUGUAAGCUUCCACAGAGGAGAGACAGGAAUGUGGAGAGAGGCAACAACAACGAUGGCUGAGCGGAGCCACGGUCCUUCCAAAAUGCGUUUAUUUUACACUGUGGCCAUCUGGGUGACAUUCAUCUACCGCACCGAUGGAAUUCCCUGGACUCAAGAAAAGCUCCAUCACCGAGCUCUCACUCUAACACAAGAUGAGAUCAGUACCGCCCUGUCUCACACUGACCUGGAGCAGAUGUGGCAGAGGGACCUGAGGCCGCUGCUGGUUACCAGGUACCCAGGAUCUCCAGGCAGCCAGGCCGUGCAGGAGCAUAUCAAGACAACCCUCGGUGCCCUCGGAGCAGGCUGGGAGGUGACAGAGGAUAAGUUUAUGUCACAAACACCCUAUGGCCCCCUGCCCUUCACUAACCUGGUCGCCACUCUCAACUCAUCAGCCAACCGCUGCCUGGUCCUGGCCUGUCACUACGACUCCAAGUACUACCCACCACAGUGGCACGGGAGGGAGUUCCAAGGCGCCACGGAUUCUGCUGUUUCCUGUGCCAUGAUGCUGGAGCUGGCACGAGCCCUGGAUGAAGAACUGAAAGCUCAGAAGAGCUCAAGUCCUGACCUCACUCUGCAGUUGCUCUUCUUUGAUGGAGAGGAGGCUCUUUUCCAGUGGACCUCCACAGACUCCCUUUAUGGCUCUCGCCACCUGGCCCAGAAGAUGGAGGCCACCCCUCACCCCGCCGAAGCCACAGACACCAACCAACUACACGCCAUGGAUCUGUUGGUGUUGUUGGACCUGAUCGGGGGUCCCAGCCCGCGCUUCGGCAACCAGUUCCCCAGCACAACACACUGGCUCUCCAGACUGCAGAGCAUCGAAAAGCGUUUACACUCCAUGAACCAGCUUGUGGAUCAUCCUAACAAUGUGCAAUAUUUCUGGCCCAGUCAAGCUGUUGGCCACAUACAAGACGAUCAUAUACCAUUUCUAAACAGAGGUGUGAGCAUCCUCCACCUGAUCCCCUCCCCCUUCCCGUCCGUGUGGCACACGUUUGACGACAACGAGCAGAACCUGGAUCGCUCCACCAUUCAGAACCUCAACAAGAUCAUGCAGAUUUUUGUUCUGGAGUACCUCAACGCCAAACCCGCCAUCCCUUCAAACCCACAGAAUGCCCCAUAAAAAAAAACAGCAUAACAAAUCGACAACUUUCUUUCUUUUGAUGUGUCACUGUAGUAAAGAUCUUCAGCUGUUCUUUUACAGACUGUAUUUAAUGCGGUUUAAACACAAACAAUAUGUAGUCCUUGAGAUGUGAGGUUGAGAUUCAACUCUGCACAUCAGAAAACAUAGAGAAUAUGUUUAGAGGUGAUUGAUCUACACGGACAAGAAAUAUUUGUCCAAACAUAUUUUUAGUUUGUGUAAGUGUACGUGAAAUGCACUUUCUUCCAAAAAAGGUUCAUAAGACUCUGAAGCCUCACCCUCCCUUAAGUCCCCGGCAACAAGAUCAGCACACAGGAUCCUCUGUGUGUUUGUUUUUUGUUUUACUACACUGCUCUCUUUAUAUCAGCUUUAAACCCUCCUUUUCACUCUGAUGAGGCAUCAAUGCUAAUGUCUAGGAUCUGGUGCUUCAGAGAGAAGGGAAAAGAGCCGUGCAGAGGUACAAUAAAAUAAUAAUUAUGAGCUGUUAAAAUGCUAUAACCCCCUUUAUUUUUUCCACCUUGAGUUCCAUGGCAACUUUGAAAUGCAUAAACUCCAAAGUUGAUGAUACUUCUUUAGUUAUGUAAAAACAUCCAGAAUCUCUGAUCUGUCAUGUUGUGUGAUAACUAUAUACAAUAUGGCGACACACAUGAAAUGUUGACACACGGUGUGUUUAAGCUCCAGGGAACGGGACAUUUCCUCUCCUACAGAAGAUCUGUUCAGAAUAAACCUGUCAGGGGCAGGAAGUGGGUUUAUUUGUAUUCUAACAACAUCUUUAGCACUUCAUAUCCUGUCAUCUUAGAUUGUGAAGUGGAAUACUUCCUGUACUGAUGUUUUGCCUGCCUUUGUUUAUAUGAUAUUAUUAGCCUGAUCUUAACUAGAUCCCACAAUAAUAUACACUGCCAAAACUGGACUUCCUGUAUUUUGAGGCUGAAAUAAAUGUUGAUUCUGAAUACAAGCGAGA